UAUAUCUCAGCCAUGUCCAUGUCCAUCGUCUCCGCCACACCGCCACCGCUACCCGCCACCGCCAAGAGCCCCUCCGCCGUCCCACCACCCACGACCGCCGCCGCCGACACCGCUCGGCCACAGAGGCUCGCGUCCCUCAUCGACAACUCCACGUCCCCCGGCCACCUCCUCCAAAUCCACGCCGCUCUCCUCCGCCACGGCCUCCACCGCGACCGCAUCCUCAACUUCAAGCUCCAGCGCUCCUACUCCUCCCACGGCCGCCUCCGCAGCUCCGUCGCCCUCUUCAACUGCGACCCAAACCCCACCGUCUUCAACUGGACCGCCCUCAUCCACGACCAUGCCCAUCUGGGUCUUCACCGGCAAGCGCUUCUCUACUUCGUCCAGAUGAUGGGCGAUGGGAUCGAGCCCAAUGCCUUCACGUUCUCCUCCGUCCUUAAGUCUUGCCCGCUCGAGAGCGGGAAGGCCCUUCACUGCCACGCCGUCAAGCUCGGGUUUUGCUCCGAUGCGUACGUGAGGACGGGCCUCGUCGACGUCUACGCGAGAGGGGGAGAGAUCGCGUCCGCGCGCCGGUUGUUCGAUUCCAUGCCCGAGAGAAGUUUGGUUUCUUUGACCUCAAUGAUCACGUGCUACGCGAAGCACGGGGAGCUCAAGGAGGCGCGGGCGGUGUUUGACGAAAUGUUGGAGAGGGAUGUGGUUUGUUGGAAUGUGAUGAUUGAUGGGUAUGCGCAACAUGGGAAGCCGGAUGAGGCUUUGGUUUUGUUCAGGCAAAUGCUGAGUGCUGGUGCGAGGCCUAACGAAGUGACUGUACUGUCUGUGCUCUCUGCUUGUGGACAACUUGGAGCAUUGGAGUUGGGUAGGUGGAUCCAUUCGCAUAUCGAGAAUAAUGGAAUUCAGAUGAAUGCUCAUGUGGGCACUGCAUUGAUUGAUAUGUAUAGCAAAUGUGGCAGUUUGGAAGAUGCACUCUCGGUCUUUGAAAGUAUGAAUCCCAAGGACGUGGUCGCUUGGAAUUCGAUGAUAUCGGGGUGUGCAAUCCAUGGGUCUAGCCUGUGUGCUUUGGGGACAUUCAAUACAAUGUGUAGAUUGGGUGUGAACCCUAACGAUGUCACCUUCAUUGCCAUCUUGACCGCGUGCAGCCACACGGGAUUGAUUAAAGAGGGUUGGGAUUUCUUCAACUCGAUGAAGGAUAAAUACAGGAUUCAGCCGAAGAUAGAGCACUAUGGGUGUAUGGUAAACCUCCUAAGCCGGGCCGGGAAUUUAGAAGAGGCAUAUCAGCUUGUCAAGGAAAUGGAGACAGAACCGGACGCUGUCAUCUGGGGAACUUUACUUGGGGCCUGUAGGCUUCACGGUAAGACGGCGCUGGCAGAGGAAAUUGCGGAAUUUCUUGUUGGGAAAGGCCUAGCGAAUUGUGGAACCUAUACCCUUCUGUCCAACAUAUAUGCUGCUUCCGGUGAUUGGGAUGCGGUUGCAAAGGUGAGGACGUUGAUGAAGUCCAGCGGGGUGAUAAAGGAGAAAGGUUGUAGUUCGAUUGAAGUUAAUAACAGGGUCCACGAAUUCCUUGCAGGUGAUAAGAGACAUCCCAAGAGCAGAGAAAUUUAUUCAAUGUUGGAAGAGAUCAACAGUUGGCUUAAGGCUUACAAUUACCGAGCACAGACGGAUACGGUGCUGCAUGAUUUAGGGGAAGAGCAAAAGGAGCAAUCCCUGGAAGUUCACAGCGAGAGGCUCGCCAUCGCUUUCGGGCUCAUCAGUACUGAAGCGGGAACUACAAUCAGAAUCGUAAAGAAUCUCCGAGUAUGCUCGGAUUGCCAUGCGGUUACUAAGCUUAUUUCACUGAUGACGGGGCGGAAAAUAGUGAUGAGAGAUCGUAACAGGUUCCACCACUUUGUAAAUGGUUCUUGUUCUUGUGGGGAUUACUGGUAGCCUCUUGUUUGUUAACCUUGUACUGUUGGCUUGUCAGAUAUAGCUGUAACGAUCUAGUUGCCUGUCAGAUACUAGUAAGAAUAACGUGUCAGAAUUCUUCAGGUAGAAGUAAGGCCCUCGAUACCUGCUAUAUGUUCUGCUACUUCUGAUUUGCUUAAUGCAUCUUUAGCAAGUCAUUAA